AUGUUCAAGAAUUUCCAAAGAAGCUUCAGCGAUGUUAUCUCUUUGGAUUUGACAGACCUGCUAGAUUGCGAUCUCAUCGGGGAACUGAUUGGGCCUCAAGGUGCGAAUAUCACUUCGAUUGAGAAAAAACACAAUGCAAGUUGGUUUUUUUUCAGAAAAAUUUUGAUUCGUGGGUGAAAUUCUCUUUUUUUUCUUGAAACAUCGAGGGUUAUUAUUUUCCUAGAGUGAAGCGUUUUCUGAAAAUUUUUUCUAAUUCAAAUAGUCAUUACGAUAUCUUUUAGGUGAUUGUGGAGCUGAAGAAUGAGGAAAUGAAGUUGACUAUUUCUGUGACCGGCUUAUACUGGGAUGUAAAAUCGGCCUACGUUGAAGUUUUUCAACUGCUCAACGAAAUUCGAAACAAUGCCACCUCUCACUGUGUCCGAAUUCCAUCGAGGAUGAUUGGGUUUUUGAUUGGUGAGUGGGAUAAUUCUCCUUGAUUUUGUCAAAUUUAUGGAUGCUUUCCUAUUCAAAAUAAACUAAAAUGAUAUUUUUCAUAAAAAUUUGAGACGCAUUUUUUUUAAAGCUGAGUCUUGCAUAUUAUAAUAAUUAUUGAAUAUUGAGGUGAAAUCAGAUAGAUUUUUUUAAGGCCGUCACGGCUCGAAAAUCAACCAUAUCCGGGGCGAAACUGGCGUUUCAAUCGAAAUAAACAGGCCUUUGGAUAAAAACUCGAAUCAAUCUUCUUUCGCCACCUUAGUGAUCAUUGGUAGUAUUUUUGUUUUCUUUUCGAAAAUUUUCGUAAUUUUUAGGGAACAAUCGGUCCAUUCUCGCCGCCCUGCACCUCAUUAAGGACAGACUGGAUUCUUUUGAAGUUCCACCAGAGUAUGAAAUUCGGAGUCAUUUGGUCGAAAAUUUAAAGCAAGCCACAGGCGACGACGAAGAUUUUUAG